CUUGUGGUUGUGACAACACAUCGAUUCACUCGACAAGAAGAAGAGCUGGGACGACGCAGUAAACUCUCAGGUAAACAGAAAUGAGGAGUCUGAUUUUCUUGCUAAUUAGAAUUUUGCUACAUGUGCCUAUAGCAGUGCUUGGCGCUGAUAAGUAUAGCAGAUAUGACUUUCCACCUGGCUUUGUCUUUGGUUCUGCCACCGCCGCUUAUCAGGUGGAGGGAGCAGCAAGCGAAGAUGGGAGGACUCCUAGCAUUUGGGACACUUUCGCCCACGCUGGGUAUGCUGAUGGAGCCACUGGAGAUGUAGCCGUUGAUCAAUACCACAAAUACAAGGAAGAUGUGAAACUUAUGGCAGAAAUGGGCUUAGAUGCCUACAGGUUUUCUAUCUCCUGGUCAAGGCUUAUCCCAAAUGGAAGAGGACCUCUUAAUCCAAAGGGUGUACAGUAUUAUAACAACCUCAUCAAUGAACUAAUCAGCCAUGGAAUACAGCCUCAUGUUACUUUAAACAAUGCUGAUCUCCCACAGGCACUUGAAGAUGAGUAUGGAGGAUGGAUUAACCGAAAAAUUGUUAAAGACUUCACAGCUUAUGCAAAUGUGUGCUUUAGAGAAUUUGGGGACAGGGUUUCAUAUUGGACUACUGUGAAUGAGCCCAACGUGUUUGCCAUUGGAGGUUAUGAUCAGGGAAUUGUUCCUCCUAGGCAUUGCUCUACACCUUUUGGAAUAAACUGUACUAGAGGCGACUCCCCAACUGAGCCAUACACAGUUGUUCACAAUAUAUUGUUGGCACAUGCAUCAGCUGCAAGAUUGUACAAGAGAAAUUAUCAAGUAUUAAUAUCGAAACUUUUUAUAUCAAUCAUCCUUUUAACUUACCAAUCUUUUGCAUUUAUAGGAGCAAUAUAUGAUAUGCAGGAAAAGCAGAAUGGAUUCAUAGGUAUUAGCAUCUAUACACUUGGUGCUAUUCCAAAUUCAAACUCAACAGAGGAUGCAAUGGCAGCUCAAAGACUGAAUGACUUCUACAUUGGUUGGAUUGCAAAUCCCUUGGUGUUUGGAGAUUAUCCUGAUAUAAUGAAAGAAAUCGUUGGCUCCAGAAUUCCUACCUUCACCAAUCAUGAAUCUGAACUUGUUAGGGGUUCGUUUGACUUUUUGGGGGUAAUACAUUACACAACAUGCUAUGUCGAAGAUGACCCUGGUGCUCUGGUACUGAAACAAAGAGACUUUAACAUAGAUGUGGCUGCAAAGAUAAAGAACAUGGAAGAUAUUUUCUUGGAUUCUGAGUAUCCCAUAUUACCUUGGGGCCUGCAAGUAGUGCUGGAGUAUAUUAAGCAAGUUUACGACAAUCCUCCUCUUUACAUUCUUGAAAAUGGUCAGAGAACCCAGCGCAAUUCAACCUUGGAAGACACAUCGAGAGUGGAAUAUCUGCAGGCAUAUAUUGGGAGUGUGCUGGAUGCAGUAAGGAAUGGAUCGGAUACAAGAGGGUACUUCUCAUGGUCCUUCCUAGAUGUGCUGGAGAUACUGGAUGGUUAUCGAUCAAGUUUUGGCUUUUAUUAUGUAGAUUUGGAUGAUCCUGAUUUGAAGAGACAACCUAAGCUUUCUAAAUAUUGGUAUUCCCAUUUUCUCAAGGGAGGAAGCGUCAGUUCGGACAAAGUGAUCGAACUCAAGAAUAAUUUCUCUGCUCUUUCCCCCGGCCAUUUCCUCCAGCAGUAGGCUGCUCUCUCGCUUUUCCUAGCCGUCCUUUGGCCAAAAUAACAAGAACUCACUGCAGUACGUAGAAAUUAGUUAAAAUCGAUAUCCAUAUUUAUUAGUAGUAUUUGUAUCUCUAAAUGCUCUUGAACACCAAAUGUACCAAUCUACAUGCAUAAACAGGUUUAUAUAUGUAUCUAGAAACCAGUCCUCAGAUAUUUUUGUUUACCAUUUUA